AUGGUGAAGCUCGCUUCAGCCCGGGAGAGCAGGCUGUACGGUCCGCACUCGGUCGAGAACCGGUGGGAAUACAUCAACGCCGGCCUCCACGUCUUCGCCGCCGCCCUGCUCACCGCCGGCUUCUCCGCCGAGCUCCCUGGUCGCAGCAACGAUGAGGUGGACCUGGCUGUCAUCCUCGUGGCCUUGGCCCUCCUGGCCGUGGUGAACGCGCACGACCUCGUCGCCCACAUGGCCGGCAUCGACUACCAGUUCGGCCUCUUCGGGUACGACCUCCAGUUGGGGCUCGUCGAGCUCGCCGUCCCCCUGCUUCAGAUGCUCGGAUCCAUUGUCACCUUCACUGGGAUUCUUUUUCUCUUCAUUCAGGAAGAGAAGGGCUUCGAUUACAAGAUGGAGAAGGACGCUGUCAACAUGCUGAUCGCAGGGCCUCUGUUGUGGGUGAUCGGCUCCAUCCACAACGCGUGCCAGAUCUACGAACGAGCCGAUGGCGACACGCAGAUUCUCCAAUCCGGCGUCUACGUGCCUUUCCUCAUGGGCAGCUUGUUGUUCUUCGUCGCCGGCAUCUUCAAUCGCCAAGAUCUUCGCGGCUCGACACAUCAGGAAGCAAGGAUCACGGCAAUUAGCUGGGCCUGGUUAUCCACCUUCGGGGGCUUGCUGUUCUUGGUAGGAGGACUGACGAAUGUGGCGAAGGUGUUCAAGAUGCAGCAGAGAGAUGGGCUGAGGUUGGAGAAGCUUCGAGGUAGUGCGCAGGAAAGAUUGUUUAGGGACAGGGAAGGCAGGUUCCCCAUCUUGGAGAACAGCAGGAGGAGGCCGGGUGAGGAGGCCAGCACGGCUGCAGCUCCGAGAGGAUGA